UCUCCUGAUAGCACAGCAAAGAGAUUAAAUCUCUUUUUAAGAAUUCUAGGGUUUUACAGUGUAGGGAAGCGAAGGAGGAGGAGGAUAUAUCCAGAACUAAAUCUCUAAUUAUUCCAGGGCUUUGUAACGUCCAUGCCGAAAGAAGGUUCUGUGAAGGUGCAGAAGCAGUCUGCUUCAGCUGAAAAAGCAGGUAAAAAGAUGAAAGACAAGCAAGGGAAACAUAGUGUAGAAAAGAAGAACAAGCCAGGCAAUGAGAUUUUGCCGAGUAAGACUAAACGGGGUGAUGAUAUAUCUUCAAGUAAGAAGAAGAAAGGAGAGCAAGACAAGGUAGAGAAACAGGAUAAACCCAUUGUAAAAGGGAAGAAAGUAGCUAAUGAGAUUGAUGAGAUUUUUGCAAUUAGGAAGAAGAGGAAGAAAGAGUUAGAGGAGGUGGAAAAGGCAGAAGAAAAAGAGAGUUUGGAACUUAAAAAUUCGGCAAAGAAAAUGAAGAGAAGUAAGGCAUCUGAAGGUGUCGCGUUUGUGGAUCCACCAUGUCGACCGAGAAGGAAAACAAAUGAUGGGUUCACUAUCUACUCUGAAACUGAGCUAGGGAUUGCAAAUUCUGAUGCUGGUGGUACUCGUCUUUGUCCUUUCGAUUGUUCUUGCUGUUUUUAAUCAUCCUGGAGGCUGACUUGAUGAGAAGCUGAGAAUGGGUUUUUCCAUCAUUGCACAAUACAUUUUGAUCUACUAAAUGUUGGUGUAAUUUUACUGGCUUAUGUGUUACAUUUUGAUCCAUUUAUUACUUAAAAACUAAAAUGCAAUGAGUUGAAUCUAGAAGAAUCUGAGAUACCUAUAUAAUGAUGAAUUUCAGAAUGUCCUAAAAUCUAGUGCGUCUGUUGUUAACUGCUUACUGAAUCUGCUUUCAAGGAAACAUUAUUUGGUCUCAGAAAACAAGCGGAGCCAGUUCUAAAUUGGUUCCAAGGACUGGUGCGCAAAUCCAUUUUCUAAACAUUAUUCUUUUGUGUUGUUUUUGUUUCUCAAUAGUAACUCGUAUGGAUAAUUUGGUUCUUUUUUUUUGAUAAUGUAAUAAGUUCAGAUUUCCGUGAUGUUCAGUCAUGGUUUCUUUU